GAGGCGCCAGGCAGAGGAGGGCCUGGCCCCCAGCCCCCCCCCCCCCCCCAGGGCGGCGGCGGAGGCGGGCCGGGGGCAGCGGGUGGAUUGGUGGGAGCGGAGUCUGCGGCCCGGGUCCGGGGUAGGUGGGAGAGAGCUGAAGCGCCCUGGACGACCCGCGGGAGGGGGCGGCAUCCGCGGCGCCUCCGGCCCUUCCCAGCCACGUCUCAGCGGGACCUUCUCUCGCGGACCCCCCAUUUGACAGAUGAGAAAAUUGAGGCUCCGAGAGGCCAAGUGACUCUCAAGGUCACACAGCGAGGAGGCGACAGAGCUAGACGGGGCUGGCUCUGGGUGGCUCCUAGGAAAAGUCAGCCAGAGAACUCAGUAGAGGAGCCCCCUCCAGCCCCGGCGAGUUUGUGCAGGGGAGGGGGACGGGGUACCUUGGGGGGGGGGCAGGCUCUGCCAGCGUCCGGGGAUGAGGGGUGUCAGGGCGCUGCGGCCGCAGAGCUGGUUUCUGGACUGCGGAGGAAAUGGGGGCGGCGGAAUGGGCGUGUGUGCACACCCAUGGGGGUGUGUGCAUGUGUGGGAUUGUACAUGCGUGUAGGUGCACUGUCUUGUGUGUGUGUGUGUGUGUGUGUGUGUGUGUGUGUGUGUGCGUGCGCGCACGUGUGCGAUUUCAGAGCCUCCGUGGCCGCGGGACUCCAGGCUGGCCUGGCUCGAGCGAGCUGCAAGUCCAGAUGGCCCCAUCAACGGGUUUGCAUUCUGGGCUAGAAAGCUGGGUAUGUGUGCCCGAGGGAUCCUUCCUGCAGGUGUGCACGGGGUGUGAGUGCCAUUGUGUGUAUGAGACAGAGGCUGGGAGGCAAGUGCCUGAGGCCCAAGUGUGUGUGUAUGGGCUGGAGGGGUCUUUCACCCCAAUGUGGGCCUGUGGCCUCAGGUAUAGAAUGAGAGUGUGUCCCUGCAUGGGUGUGUAUCACCCCGCGUGUGACUGGGGUUGCUGGUGGAGACGUGCCGGCAUUCUCCACCCCUCAGGACGCUGGCGCCCCCUUCUGGGCGCCCUGCUCUGUGUGUUCGAAUGUGGCCUGCCUGUGAGUGAGCUCACAGUUCGACUGUGUAGUAUGGGGCCUGGGUCCGGAGCUCCGGCUGGGGAGGAAGAUGGUCUGCGGAAGGGCUGCACCCGGACCCCUGGGGCCUUCACGGAGGAGGUGGCUUGGGAGCGCGUGGUUCCCAGGCUCAGGCUUCCCGCUGACGCCUCCGGGGCGGCAGCGGGCUCCCCCCACCCCCACCCCGCCCCAGGAAUGUUCUGCACUCUAGCUCGCCUCCCCAAGGGCAGGCCCCUGGGGGUUGCCACAGCCCCGCCUCCCCUCCCGGGAGCCCGGGAGGGGGCGAUGCGGGCAGGACGCCUGGGUUCCUCCCUCCCUCCCAUCCCAGGGAGAAAUUCCUCCGAGGUCCCCUCAGGCUCUGGGUUCCCAAAAUAACCCUGCGGGGGAAGGGAGGCUGUGGAGGGAGGGAAGCGGGAGGGGCGUAGAGCCGAGCUGCGGGGUGCUGCAGGUGCCUCCGGGGAGAGGACGCGAG